AAACUGUUUUGCUAUUGGAUGAAUUAUGAACAUUUAGUAAAUACAUUCAAGGUCACAUUAGCAAAGGGCACUAAUUAUUCUAGGUAAGCAAACAAGAUGUGCCAUCACGAGAUGAGGGUAUUUUACUGACGAUACAAAUUCAUCGCAAUGCUAAGUUCCCUGGAAGAUUCUGUUUAAUGUGAAACAAAACGUUUGAUGGACUUUUAAAUAUUUAAAUAGUGGAUUUCUGACAUUUAUUCUUGUGUUAACAACCUCUCGCCCUGUUUCUAGAAAACCCAACUUUUCGGAUUAACCUAACGCACCUUUUAUGAUCAUUUAGAUUCAGUGUGAUCAGCUCUACUCCUUCCUUUUGAUAUACCAAUCAAUCAAAUUGUACAGAUGAAUUGAAGUGGACAGUAGAAUUUUAAAAAAAAUAAAAAUCAUGUUUUCACUGUUAGCUAAACCCAAUCAUAAUUGUAUCAUAAAAUUAUCUUCUACAAUAUGCUUCAUACAUGUAAUAUUUUUCAUCAAUUACAUUGUUACAUUUAAUCCUAUUGUAUUAAGAGAUAAUACACGUGAAAAUGAAAUUGUAUCUAAAGAUUUCCUAUUAAAUUAUAUUCAGUCAGGUUAUAAAUUAUCAUUAUUGCAAUCAUCUAAAGGACGUGAAUAUUUUGAUAUUAAUGAAAAUCAUCAGUUGAUAACAUCACGUUUUAUAGACCGCGAUAAAUUAUGUCUACAGUCUAGAUUAUGUUGUCCACUCGAAGGAUCUACAACAACAGUAACUGUAACAUCAACCAUUUCUUCUAAUAUUGGAUCGCCUGGACAUACCAACUUUAUGGAUUAUCAGCAUAAUUAUCUUCCACAUACAACAUCUAGAAACCAUAUACAUGAAUUACCGACACAAUCAAUUUAUUAUCCUAAUUUGUGUUCUGCCAAAAUGCAUGAUACUAAAUCUCUAUAUAAUCCAAUGUGUACAUUUAAUUUAACUGUAUCAGUUAUGACAUCACCGGCUGAGGUACCGGAUACACAUCAGAUAACAAUUAUUAUAUGUGAUGAAAAUGAUCAUGUACCACAGUUUAAAAAUCCUAAUGACCACUUAAAAAUGUUAUCAGGACAAAAUAGUUUUCCAGCAUCUUUCAGUGGACAACCUAUUCUUAUUACAAAUUUAUCUGAAGCAUCUCCAGUAGGAAGUCGUAUAGUUUUACCAUUGGCUGAAGAUUUGGACUCCUCACCAUUCAAUGUUCAACGUUAUGAGUUAGAAAAUCUUGAUCAUUUAAUUACUAGUGAGUCAGAUUUACCUAUGUUCCAACUGAAUUACACAAAAAAUAUUGUUAUUAGUUCUGAUGGACAUUAUCCUUCGCAUUCUGUUGGUCAUGUAUCAAAUGACAGAACAGAGUCGGUUAUUUCAAAACUUGAACUUGUCUUACUGAAACCUCUGAAUCGUGAAGAAAAAGAUCAGUAUAAACUACAGAUUCAUGCUAUUGAUGGCGGUCAACCAUCACAAACUGGUACACUUAUUUUAUUUAUUCAUGUAAUAGACAUAAAUGACCAUGCACCAGUUUUUAACCAAUCAGUUUAUGAAAUUCAUGUCAGUGAAGGAAUUAUAAAUAAAACCAUAUUACAGUUGAGUGCUACGGAUGCCGAUGCUGGAGAAAACGCUGUUAUAAUUUAUAAAUUUCCUAAAGGUUCCGAAUGGAUUACUUCAACAUCAUCACUUAUCAGCAAUGACAUGAAGAAUGUAAACCAAUAUCCACCAGGUUAUUGGUUUCAUUUGGAUGAUUCAACUGGUAGACUAUCGAUUCAGCGACCACUUGAUUAUGAAACAAAAUCAGAACAUAUUUUCGAAGUUCUAGCUUAUAAUCCACCUUCAGUUUUAUCGUCACCAAACCACAGAGUAUCUUCAGAUAUGACAGCAACAGCUAAAAUUAUUGUGAAAGUUGAUAAUGAAUAUGAUGAACCUCCAUUUAUUCAAAUUGAUUAUUCUAACGAAAAAAAUGAACAAUAUAAACAUGUUACAGAAAAUUCCAUGAAUUUAUAUUUUAUCGCUUUCAUCAUAGUCACAGAUCCUGAUUACAAUGAUAACAACAAUUAUCAUUCACAUUCUUCCUCUUCAUUGUCUAAAACUGCAUCAAUCUCAUGUAAAUUAGAGACACAUAACGAAUCCUACAGUUUAUUUGAAUCAGAUAAUUACAAAUUGAAUAGAGCAAAUGAAGUAAGAUAUGCUUUGCAAACAAUUAAAUCAUUAGAUCGUGAACUAGGUGAUGAGAAUAGAGUUGUAAUUAGUUGUACAGAUUCGGAUACACCGCCGAAAACGUCGACUGCAACAGCUGUGGUAAAAAUUGAUGAUCAAAAUGAUUGCAUUCCAGAAAUUCAUGUUUCUACAAUAAGUUUGACAGCGGCCAGCACUUACAAUGCAGAUAAAUUUCAGCGACGACAACCUCAUUACAUACCAGUACAACCAUGGUCAGUGAAAAAGUUAACUUAUUUAUUAGAUAAUGAACAAGACAAGCACAAAGUAUAUAAUUCACCUAUAUUUUUAGCAUUCUUAGCUAAUAUUUCUGUAUAUACUGUAUAUAUACCUGAAAAUAGACCAUCAUCUACAUUAAUUGCUCAUUUAAAUGCUAUUGAUAAUGAUUCCGGUGAAAAUGGUCGUGUUACAUUUGAAAUGAUUGAGUCAUAUUCAUUUAAUAAUUUAUCUUCAAAACUAAGCUACUCACCACAACUUCAACAUAUUCUACUAAAUCAACAUACUUAUAAUAAUAAUCAUAUGAAUGGUGAUGUAAUUGAAAUACAUAGUAAACAAGAAGCAUUUAAUUUAUUUCAAUUAAAUACAACUCAUGGCGAUUUAACAACUCGUCAAUUAAUUGAUCGUGAAGAAAAUGGAAUGAUAACAAAUGAAGUAUUCAUUUUGAUUAAAGCUACAGAUCAUGGUGUUUCACAUCAAUUACAUUCGUUCGCUUUAAUUCAGGUAAUUAUCGUAGAUGAAAAUGAUAAUCCUCCAAAAAUUAUCAGCACGGGACCUACAUUUAACAUUGAGGAAAAUCAGCCAACUGGUACUAAAAUAGGUGAAAUUGCAGUGAUUGAUCCUGAUAUAUUUUCAUUUGUACAACUUGAUGAUAUUUAUUAUCCUGGGUUACUUGAAAAACAAGCUGAUGAUUAUUUUGGAAAGUCAUCAAGUUUCUCUCAAAUUCUAAACCAACAACAACAACAGCAGCAUAAAGGAUUACAAGUGCGUAUUGAUCCAGGACAUGGAAGAAGAGAUCUACCUUUUACAUUACAUGAAAUUGGUAAUGGACGAUACUUUUUGAAUACAACACGCCCAUUAGAUCGUGAAACAGAGGAAGCUUUCCAAUUUAAUAUUAUUGCUACAGACAAUGAACCUGUUCGUACUUAUCAUGAUAUGAAAAAUAAUUAUCCAAGUGCUAAUACCAUAAAUAAUCAUCGUUAUCCAGGUCAUACAGCUUCAUUGACUGUUAUUGUCAAUGUGAUUGAUGUGAAUGAUAAUAGACCAGAGAUUAUAUUUCCUAACCCAAUUACAUCGAAUUCUACUAUACAUCGUUUAUCAUAUCGUGUUUACGCUGGUCAUGAAAUUAUCAGUAUUAACGCUAAUGAUCGUGAUGCUGAUCAGUUCAAUGGGAAAUUUCAUUUUGAAAUGGUACAUGAUUUAAAAAGCAGUGAUUUAUUUACAAUUGAUCGAGAUAGUGGUAUGUUGAAAACACGUCGUACGUUAACAAAAGAUGAUCUAGGUGAAUAUCAAGUGCAUAUAAUAGUACGAGAUGAAGGUCAACCAUCAUUGGAAACACAGUUGUUAUUACGUUUGUUAAUUGAUCAGUCUGAACCACAAUGGUCAUCAGAUAUAAAAAAUAAUAGGAAAUAUCAGUUUAAUGAUUUUCUAUCAUCGUCAUCAUCAUCUAAUCAAAUACACAGUAAUCAUCAUCAUUCUGUUAGAAAUAAUCUUGACUUAUAUGAUAGAAGUCGACAGGAAUUAUAUACUACCAGCAAUGACUUACUGACAUUAUCCUUGUUUAAAAAUCUUGAUUCAAAUGUUCUCUUUAUUAUCAUUAUAGUUAUUUUAUUUUUUAUUCUGAUCAUGGUUGGAUUAUGUAUUUAUUUACGACAUAAAUAUAAUUUUCUGCAUUUUAUCCCAGAUAUAUAUGAUAAUAAUAAGUGUUUAUGUUGCAGUACAUGUCUGUUGUCUAGACGUAGUCAAUCAACGUUGUCAUCGAAUAUUGAUGAAAAGCCUCAUUUGAAAAAAUUACUUGAUCAUGCGACGGUUACUACAACGACCACUACUACUGUUACUACUACUACUACUACUACCAAUAUAACUGCUGAUUGUAAUAAUAAUACACCGAUAAAAACAGUGAUGACGACAAAUACAACAACAACAACAACAACGUUGAAAUACUUGAAUCAUAUUGAUUAUGGAGUAUGUACAGAUUUAUUAAAAUAUAAACAAACGAAUUUCAAUUUGGGCUCAUUAACACCAGUUAGUCCAAUAUGUUGUAGUCAUUCUGUUGUACAUUUACCCAUCUCACAUAAUCAUCAUCAACAACAACAGCGAGAACACCGUCUGAUCACUAAUAGUCGAAAUCGUCGACAUCAUGAGAAUCAAGAUUUUUUUGUGGAAUCUGAUGCAUCAAAUGCUCUCGUCACUGAUAAUACUAGUAGUUUUAACAAUUCUCUUUCGCCAUCUCACUCAAAUUAUGAUUUUAAUGAUUUUAGUCGUAAGCACACUUCAUAUGUUACUAAUAGCAAUCAUAGAUGUUGGCCACUAAAUCCAUUGACUGUAAAUAUACCUAAUAUUGUCAAUGAAACUAAUGAUACAAUGCAUGGCAGUUAUUAUCAUUUUGUUCCGAAUUCGUUUGGAAUAGAAUUUCCUAAUCAAAGUAAAAAGGAUUUCUAUCGUGGCUACAAACCAGGUAAUGGAUUGUUACAUGCCUAUAAUAUUGGUGAACAGCAACAAUAUGUUCCUAAUGGGCGUUUAUGUUACAUUAAUGAAUGUAAUGAGACAUCAAAUGCACAUAUAGCUCCGAGAAAUGCAUGGGAUGCUUCUGAAUUUGAAUUUCGACCAAUCAAAGAUAAUAUCAAUUCAUAUCAGACUGCUUCUUUCACAGAAAGUGGUAAAUCAGAUGAUUAUGUGAGACCUCAAGUUCACUCAAUUCAUAGAACGCCUAUCCCAGACAAUGACCAAUACAUUGAAAAUAGCAAUAGUGUUUGUUAUCCACAACUUACGUCACAUUUAAGUGUAUGGAAAUCUGACCCAUAUUUGAGUCAAAGUAUGCAUGAUUUGAUUAAAAAGCAGCAUAAUAAAGAAAGCAACCAAGUAUGGACUGAAACAAAUUUCUACAAUAAAAUUGGUUCUACAUUAGAUGGUAUAAACCUUAAACCGGAAUAUUACGGCACACAAUUAAAACGAUCCAAGUCCACCAGGUAUACCACUGAUAAAGAUUUAAGCAGUACGAAAUUCCAGAGUAAGACCAUGCCCUUUAAUUCAAAUUUUAAUGAUGGGGAGGAUCAAUCAAGUAAACAAUUAAGAAUGAUAACAGUGCAUCCAUCCUCGGACAUGAAAGAUAAAAACAACACAAUUACUACUGGUUGUCACAAUAGCAGUAUUACUACUACUGAUAAUAGUAACAACAAUAUUCAUUGUACUAAAACUAAUCAAAUGUCACAUUAUGCUAUUUCAUUUCCGACUGUACAAGCUAGUUUUGUUUAGGUUAUUUGGGAAUUUGGAGAGAAAUAUACACAAAGAGAAUUCGAUAAAACAAUUUUCUAUAUAUUUACUUAGUAUGCACUCAAUUUGUUUACUGUAAAUAUACAAUACCUACAUUAUAAACAUAAAUUCUUUUCAUUCCAAUUUUUAUUUUCUUCCAUCAUGUUCACUUUAUUCUAAUAUAACAGAAAAUUUGGUUUGAUUAUGUCACUCAGCAGUUGCUCAUUGUCGAAGCUAAUUUUUUUAAUAAUUUAAACGUUUCUGAGUUUCCUCUACUUGCUAUUAUUGCAAACAUUUUAUUAAUGCACAGCCGAUAUAUAUAUUCUAAUGCUGUGGUAGCGAUUGUUUACAAUAUCAGGGGAAAACAUAGCUUGGGUUUUCUGACUUCAGUAGGUAGCAUUCAUUAUUAAUAUUAUUUUCAAAUCUUGAGGCAUUCAUGAUCCAGAUAGUGAAACCAUUUUAUGGCAAGAACCUCAUUGAGUUAUUUUUAACGUAAAUUUACAAGCAUUCUUCGUACUAGUUAAAUAAGACCAUAUGUUAUUCCAUUAUUCUUUUGUCUUGCCUAGGCAAUCAAGAUUAUAUCUUUAGCAAGCGAUGUUUCUAAACCAAACCUCUCUGUUGAUAUAAAUACUAACUAUAAAUUCGCUAGAGAAUGUAUGUUCAACUGAACAAAACUGGUCCCGUAAAAAAGACACUCGAACAGGUAUUCUCUCACUGUCAUACCUUGUGUCAUGCAGUAAUACACUCCAGAUAUGAUCGAUUUGAGGGUUUUACAUAAUAUUAGAUGUGUACUAAUAAGUUUCUUUAUAUAAUAUUUCAUAUUCACUCAAGAUAAAGGGGAUAUACCAAAAAAGGAACUUCACUUAUUCUCAGGAAGUGCUCUUUAAAACUCCCAACUAGUUGCGGUGUAAUCAAACGUUCGGCUAUAUCAAUAAGAGAAUAUAAACAAGAAUUUUAUUUGGUUCGGAAACUAUACGUUUCUCACUUUCCUGUCCAUGAUCGUAUAUGUUUUAAGGCACUAAUUACUUCAAACGAAAGGUUUUAAAUCGAUUUAUGUAUUAUGUAUGGUACUGAUAUCCAAAGACCCAAUAUAUUUACUCCCCAGGUAAGCUAGAGAAAACCGUUCAGUUUUUACUAAUUUCAAAUUUAUUCACCACUUCAGUGGUUGGUAGAAUUGUUUUUAUCACCCUUCGUAAUCGUUCCGAAUACCGUAAACUGAUACCAUAGCAACUAUUUAGGACAAUGUUGCAUGAAUGUCGCUUACAAAUCGUUUAUUCUCUAAGAUUUCAUGUGUGAAAGUUAGUUUUCUUCACUUAGCAACCUUUAAAAUUCAAUAUGAAAAAGGUAGAUUGAAAUUACAAAUGUUAAGAAAACCUAAGUUUGUAAAUCAGACUGAUUUACAUUUAUGCAGAGACAAUGCCAAUAUCAUGCUGCACGAAACGUUGCAUAUGUGGAGCGCAGUUUAAGAUUUCUAGAUAUAUCAGACACAAAUAAUUACGAACUAUGGGUAACUGCAGAAUAGCCAGAAUGAGGUUUGAAAAAAUGCAAAGGUACAAUAUGUGAAGGAAUACUGAGACUGAAGAUCUAGAGUAAGAUAAAGAGUGCGUGUGUGUCAUUGUGACCGGAUUUGAAAUAUCACCCAACGUUUCCAACUACUUAUCGUGCGCACCCCAACCAAUCAAUCAGCUACAACGUAGGACCAGGCACAUAUGCAUCGGUCCAAGUUGCCAUACCUC